GCUUGAUUUAAUUUCAAACAUAAAUCCUAAAGUAGAGCUGAUAUUGCUGUGAAAAAUCAGCCGCAGAGACGCUUGAGUUGUGACUUGUUCGAACGUUUGUCCCUACUUGGGCUUCGUCUGAUCUCGGCUUAUCGGUGGGAUGUCUGGUGGGGAGGAGUUGACGUGAAAAGAGGAGCAAAAAUCGAGGACCGAGAAGGUUCAAAUAAUGAAAUGCCAUAAACUCCCGGCGUCUGUUAACAAAACAGGAAAUGUCUAGCGGUGAACUGUUUUACAUCAUCGGCGAAGACAAGUAUCUUGUUUGUAAGGACAGCUGAAGUGCAUCAUCUCCAAGUAAAAGAAACGGUAAUGAUGGACGAGUUCAAUGAUGGGGAGGCCCUUCCUGUUGGCGAUCUAUCGCAGUGUAACACCUGUAAAAGAAUGUUCUUCCCUAAAGUUCUGGAGAAGCAUUCCAAAAUCUGUCAAAAGUCUGCGUCCAAACGGAGGAAGGUUUUUGACUCCAGCAGGCAAAGAGCUGCCGGCACAGACAUCCCAACCCUCAAACCCCUAAAACCAAAGUCCCAAAGUUCAUCAUCUUCUCACAAAGCGGAACCCCCAAAGAAGCCAUCCAACUGGCGCAAGAAACAUGAAGACUUCAUCGCGGCCAUCCAGGCAUCCAAGGCCAGCAUGAGGGCCAUGAAAGAAGGCGCACCUUUGCCCCCGCCUCCUCCUCCUUCAUAUGACCCAGACCUAAUCCAGUGUCCGUAUUGUCAGCGGAGGUUCAACGAAACCGCCGCUCAAGGACACAUUAAGUUCUGUCGGGAUCAGGCUUCCAGAAUGGGAAACAAGAACAAGUUGGGCGAUGUCAAGAAAAUGCCUGCUCGCACGCAGUACAAGCCGCCUGCCCUUGUCAAGAAGGUCAACUCUGCGGUGUCAACCAUCCCUUCGGCCCCCUCUCGUCUGCCCGCAAAAGCGGGCCUUGCCCAGACUACCGGAGUGCCUUCCGGUAAGGCCCCCUCUGCAGGUUCACUGAGGACAAACACAUCUGGGGUGACGAGCCCCGCUUCUGGCGUGGCAAUGAAGAGCCGAGUGGUGGGCUCUGGGUACGGUCCCGUGAGAAACGCUCCGCCCGGAAGAGGACCGCUCCACAAGAAGAAACAAGAAGACACUUGCAUAACGAGGGAUGAUGUGGACGGCUGUCACAACGUGGGCAAUGGUGAAAUCAAGAGCAAGUUUUGUCACUCAUGUGGGACCAGGUACCCCAUAGAAUCUGCAAAAUUCUGCUGCGAGUGUGGCAUCAGACGGAUGUGUAUCUGAGACGUCCAUUUCCUCUUCAUGGAAUACUACACUUAAAAAUAUGAAGUGUGGGCUGAAUCAGUUGUGAGAUGCGCAUCAUUUCCCUCUGUCGCUCAGUCCUCAGUCAAGCAUGGCGGUCACGACCGCUACUUCUCAAUUUCAUCAGAUGAGAAUUUGUUCCUGUCCGUAAGUGCAAUAUGAUUAACCACUGAGGAAAGAGUCGAUGUUUUUUUUUUUUUUUUUAAAUAGACUAGGACCCAAGCACCUUUUGGACUUUUAAUGCUGAGAUUUCACACAAACCGUAGCAUUCUCGGGAAGCCCACACGUUCCUUUUCCUUUUUGAACUAGCUAUUUAUUCCGUUGUUAUUCCAGCCCAAUUUUACUGGAUGACUUUGUUUAUAUUAUACUCAAAGUCCAUUCUGUUUUUAUUUGCAUCUGCACCGAGUUGCAUUGCUUUUGUGUGUUUUCCCUUUAUUGUGACAUGUUCAUGAUUCUGCUGUGUUUCAAAUGCAGUUUUGACCAGUAAAUGUCUUUCGCUGCAUCUACUGUUUGUGGAGCACACUCCGGAAAUGAUGGACAUACUAAUUUGUCAUAACUGGUUCAAAACGCGACUAUUUAAAAUGCUAUCAAUAUGGGUAAAUCAAUAGUGAAUGAGUAUUGGUCUCUUUCAGAGUGGUGAUAACCUUGGCACCUUCAAGCGUAGGUGAAUAUGUUAUUUUUCACACAUUUUGGCUGCUUCGUAAACCCAAAUUCUGGUAUAUAAGGUCAGAUGUAACAUGCAUACUUGGAGAAUAUGCAGCUCGCGUUACUUUUAGGCUGUCGUCAAAGGCACACGGACCACAGGAUAGUACGACAUUGACUCAAGUGAUGUGACGGUCAAUUCUUAUGGAAGGGAAAAUGAUUGACAACUGUGUGCAAAAAAAAAAGUGUCUGUGUGCCUCAUGCAAUAUUUGACCCCCAUGAAUAAA